UAAUUAACCCUAAUAAAAAGAGAGUUUAUUUGUGUCAAUUCGUUACUCGUUAGUGUCUCGAUAUUCCGCCAUACUCCCCGCAUUUCAUCUAUCGUCUGAUCGCAAUUCAAUUCCUGUUAAUUAAUUCUCUCUCCUCAAAAUUAUUACUCCACCUUAAUUCUUCCGAUCGAUCUUAAAAAAAUAAUUAAUAAAAAAAAUGGGGAAUUGCCAGGCGGCGGCGCAGGUGGCGGCGGAAGUGGUGGUUCAACAUCCAGGAAACGGCAAGGUGGAGAGAAUGUAUUGGGCGAUCAGCGCAAACGAGGUCAUGAGUUCGAAUCCUGGCCACUACGUCGCGCUUGUGGUUGAACCGCCGUCGUCUGAUCCGAUUGUCACAGCUAGUAACGCGCCACCACCACAGGGUGGUGUGAAACAUCAACUUCAACUUCUUAGACCUACUGACAUUUUGCACGUUGGUCACGUUUAUCGCCUCAUCACCUUUGAAGAUGUUAUUAAGGAGUUUGCAUCGAAGAAGACCGUGAAAUUAGGGAAAUUACACAACGAUAGUGGUGUCUUGAGUGUCGAUCAAACCCAGGGUUUUAAAUCUUUCUACGGUUGACUUGGCUUCAUUGUGGACUCCUCACAAGUCCCAUGGUUUUUGGUUUUCAGUCAGAGGGGGUUUCCACGUAUACUAGUUAGUGUGUUGCUUGCAUUUUAGUCUUCCGCAUUUGAUUGUUAACUUCCCUCCAUUACUGGUUGUUUGCUUCGUUAUCAUUUGUGAAUUAUUUGAGGUAUAUUGGGGUACUAUUGUUAGGUUGGUUGGCUUGGAGGUGAUCCUUGUGGGUACGUAGGAUAGUCUGGAUGAAUGAUCGAUGAUGACACUGUACAAAAAUGACGACCCAAUGCAAAAAUGUUAUGGUUGAUAUGUUUUCAUAUAUCUAAUGGGUAUGCCUAAUUAGCUGAUAGUUUUGACGUUUGAUAUUCCAUCAUGGUGAUAUAUUGACACAUGUGAUUAGCUUAAUGAGUAGCAGGGAAUUCAGUACUUAAUUUAGUGCUCUUGCGCUGAACUUAAUUGAUUCAUUCAACGACAUGUUUAUCUAGGUGUUUCAUUAAAACUUUGCUGAGAAAGCAUGAUCUUUUUAUUUCCCCUGAAUAUAUGCUCAUCUUUUCAAUAGGAAUUUGACCAUAAAUCUCAAAAAAAAAUUGUUGUACAAAUUUGAAAAACCUUAAAUUUUAUCGUACCCCCAACUAUAUUGCUGAUGGGAUUCAAAGCUAAUCUAGCCCCAGGAUUUCCUAAUCAAGAAUAGAAUACAGCAAAUUAAACCAUUCUCCAAUAACUUCCCUUAUUUGAAUUAAUUAAUUAAUAGUGCUAAAUCUUGAUUAAUAAUAUAUAACUAUAUUAAUGCUCCAAUAGGCCCAAUAAGCCAAGCCAUCUCAUAUUCAAUAUAUGAGGCACAUGGGUAUAUUUAAAAACAACCAAAACUUCAUUUAUCUUCUAUGUGGGAGAAUACUCCUACUCACACAGUCACACAAUUUGAAGACUAAU